UGGACAUAUGGUAGUCACAGAGGGAGAAUCGGUAGUGAUAAGGAGAGAGUUUGAAAGUAGGUCUGAGCUGUGGCCCGAGUUCUUCAAGUCAGUUGUCGUUUGCGUCUUCGGACGAUCGGAUAUACCGCAAUGAUUUUGUUAAUCUGUUUCGUGUCGCUGUUGACGCUGGGAGGGUGUGACGAGCUCCCGUCAAAGCUGGAGAUCGAGUCGUCGAUCAACCGGACAAUCGAUGAGGUAGAGCGACUGAUGCUAUCAGAUCCGAGUCUUCCGAGGCUGUCCCGCGCGGAGAUAGUGGACAUCCUCCAGAAUAUAACAUCCAGAGACAUGAAGAACUACGAGGAGUCCAUCGAGCAGAUGAGAUCCGACUACAAGAGAGCACUGAUGGUCGUCCUGCCGUACAACUCCAAGGACUCAGCAGGUGAGGACCUCCAGGAUUUGUACACUAAACCGCCAAUGGUUCAGGUAAUCCCGGAUUCCGAGAUAAUGUUGCCAUUCGCGUCAAUCCAAGAAGAAUCCACUGCAUCAUCUCCUCGGAGCAGCAUCAACCUGAUUGAGCCUUCAGACAAGGUGAAUCAGAUCGGUACGCCUCAAGACUACCAGAACCACCGGAGCUCCUACUCAGAUGCUGCUCCAGGAAGUCCAGAGAAGUUCACCUUCAACCUGGACGAUCUGCCGGAGAGGAAAAAGAAUUUCCAAACGAUGGAUAAACCAAAGGUGCAGGUGGUCGUCAGCACCGAGGCAUCAUCCACCCACGAAUCGACAACGCCUUACGUCUCUUCAACGGCACCGACGACCUAUACCUCCGUCAAUAUCCUGACGUCAGACCAGUGGAGAUACAAUGCACCUCCAUCAACGACUUCAAAACCGAGAACCCGAGUCCCAUCGCGCACAUCAACUCCAAGCGCGCCGAAGAAAUCGGUGAAGGCUUCAGUCAAGGCAGUUCAAGUCAAACCUUUUCUGCCUACUGUCAUAUCAUCUGUCCCGACGACGUCUGUCACCUUCACGAAAGAAGGACCAAGAUCAUCACCAGCUACUGACAUCGCCACCUACGAUAUGACGAAUAUCGAAAUGAUGAAUGACGCACCAGCAGCUGUGAUGUACGUAACACCGAUGAGUUCGCAAUCAACUAGGGGACAGACAACACCGAUGCGAAAGGAAGUGGCGAAUCUUCUGGCGGCGAUUGGCCUUCAACCGAGUCGAGACAAAACGAAGAGCAAAGGAAUUUUGAAUGAGGAUAUCCUCGGGGAGGACUUUACCAUGGCAGACAGCAACCUGAUCCCAAGCAAAGCCGCACUGACCUCGACGAUACCUGAUGGAUCAUCAAUACUAACGCAGAACACCUUCGAGGACAGCCAGAUGGACCUUCACAAAGGCGUUAGCAAUCUGUCCCCAGAUCUGCACACGUUGUUCCAGAGAUUUGGACUACCGGUCUCUGGGAAGGAACAGGUAACGACUAGAAAACCCGAGCAGGAAGUGCGGCCACCGACGAAAGUCGACUCCUGGAGGAUCUUCAAGCCAAUUCCAACAACCGAAAUCAAGGACGAAGGCAUGAGGGACUUCCUUGCGACAUUUGGACUCGGCGAGGCACGAGGUCAAAAGGCAAUGCGAACCACUACUGAGGCUUCGGUAAUCGACGCAGUUCCUGACCGGAUGAAGGGCAUCCUGGAGAACAUCGGACUGAUCACCCGGUCUAGGAAUAUCGAACUGGUGACGACGGAGAAGCCGAAGCUGCAUGUCUUCAAGCCCCACGAGACGCGCAUCGGUGAUGAAGAGCAGAAGAACAAGAUUAACGAACUACUGGAUACUGUCAAGCUUGUCCAGGAGGGAAAGGCUGGUGUCGAUGAUGUUCGGGAUGCUGCUAAUCGAUUGUUGACCACCACCAAGACACUUCAGGGAGGUCCGGAUCCGGUCAGUCUUGAGGAGAUCCUUCAGAUGUAUAAUGAAGAUCUCAGGAACGAGGUGAAACGCCAGGAACAGGAUAAGGAGCUGUCGGAUGCCGAGAGUGAUUCUAGUGACAAUGAGAUGUCCGGAUCCGACAACACCGAGAGCACAACGAGUGCCACGUCAACGACGAAUGCCACAUCGUCUUCGGAUUCCUCUGGAGAUACCUCGGAUUUAAAUGGUCGUCUCGUGGAAAGUGCGACCGACAAUUCUCCGACAUCUGAGGGCCCCAGCUUGGUCGACCUCGCUGACUCUUUCGGUGGUACCACAGCGGCUCCAGAUCCCGUUUUACCAACGCCCCGACGAUCAGGGCUUUAUUUCCUCGUCGACUGGAACUCGUUCCUGGAGGUUGGCGAGGAAGAGAACAAGGUGAAUCUCAGAUUUACCCCGAAGGCUGGAGAUGGCAGUAGAUUUAUUCCUGUCGUCGUGCCCUGAUUGUCUCUUCAAGUAUUUUAAGUACAUGUAUUUUAUUUACUGCUAUAUUUAUAUUUUAUCUCUAUAUGCAUUGCUCAAUUCAAGGAGAGACCAGAAAAAUCAAAGAUUAGCGAUUUCCUACGGAUGUAAUAUAUUAUUUACUGUGGAAAAUAAUUUAACCGUUUAGCACGUAAUACUGAAAAUUAUUUAUAAUUAUCUCUGCGGUAAUAUCACGUGUCGGUGGUGAGAGUUGUAUUGAUUUGUAUCGAUGGUAAUAAAUUUUCUACGGUUUA